AUGCAAAAAUAUCACCUACCCGAGAGACCUCCCCCAGAUCUCCCUCAUCUUCAUCUUCGUCAACGAGGCUCUGUCCGUCAUCCUGCGCUCCAUCCACACGGCUGUCAAUCACACUCCGGCUCACUUGCUCAAAGAAAUCAUCUUGGUGGAUGACUACAGCGAUGAGGAGGUGCUGAAGGGACCUCUGGAGGAUUAUGUGAACAAGCGCUUCCCCGGCCUGGUGAAGAUCGUCAGGAACCAGAAGAGAGAGGGUCUGAUCCGGGCCAGAAACGAGGGCUGGAAGGUGGCCACGGGCGAGGUGACGGGAUUCUUUGAUGCCCAUGUGGAGUUCACRCCUUAUUGGGCCGAGCCGAUUCUGCUCAGAAUAAAAGAGAACCACAAGAGGAUCCUCCUGCCCUCCAUCGACAACAUCAAGCAUGACAGCUUCGAGCUGGAAUACUACGGRGACUYKGCCCACGGCUACAACUGGGAGCUGUGGUGCAUGUACAUGAGCCCGCCCAAAGAGUGGYUCRAGGCCGGGGACACGUCUGCUCCCAUCAAGACUCCUGCCAUGAUCGGCUGCUCCUUCGUGGUUCACAGCAGUUUCUUUGGUGAGCUUGGCCUGUUCGACCCGGGGAUGCACGUCUAUGGCGGAGAGAACAUCGAACUGGGCAUCAAG